UGUCCUGAUCCUGGGGUUCCUGCUGGAUGUACAAGAGAAGGCCACAGGUUUAAUAUAGAUGACAAAGUCAUGUACCGCUGUGAAAAUAAAUGGACUCUGAUUGGUUCCAAAGAGCGAGUCUGUCAGGAGAAUGGCCAGUGGUCAGGAACAGAGCCACAAUGUUACGCUGAUUUCACAUAUGACAGCCCAGAGGAAGCAUCAGAGGGUUUCAGCAGUUCUCUAAAGUCAAAUCUAGCGGUUUCUCAACAACAUGAAGGAACAGUUUCAGAUCAGUAUGGAAAGAAAAUACAAGUGACUAAAGGGGGGAAACUCGAUAUCUACAUUGCUCUGGAUGUAUCUGACAGCAUA